CUAAACUUCUUGGCAAAUUUCUUUCUUUCUUUUUUUAUUUUCUGCCUGUGUUCAUGAUAUUCAUGCUUUGGACAGUAAGGGACGCUGUUGGUCAGUGAAACAAGUGUUCAGAGUUGGUUCAGUGGAGGCAGAGCCUUCAUUUUCCCGUUUAGCCAGGAGAGAAGACAGUCUGUGCUUCAUACGCAGGACUACGGACAUAAUUUCAUUCGGAGCGAGGACUUUAAAAUCAAAGGAUUACUUCAUGCAACUGCCUUUGUUUUCUGUGGAUUGUAUACGGCCAGCUUUUGGUGACACUUUUUCUUAUUUGUGUAAUGGCGUUUGGAAAAUCUCCUCACGGAAAAGGGCGUUUGUUUAGCAGCUCAGUAUGGCCGUUUCUGCUGUUCUUCUGGUGUCUCUGUCACAUCGUGUCGGGCCAAAUCAGGUAUACAAUUCCGGAGGAGCUGAAAAGGGGGUCACUUAUCGGUAACGUGGCUCAAGACCUCGGUUUGGAUGUGCAAAGGCUCCGCUCUGGUCGGGCCCGUAUCGUGACCAGACAAAGCAUCCAGUACACCGAGCUGAAGACAGACAAAGGCGUUUUAGUGGUGAACGAGAGAAUAGACCGAGAGCAGCUUUGUGGAGACGUAACACCGUGCAGCUUCAGCUUUGAGGUGAUUUUAGAAAACCCCAUGGAGUUACACCGAGUGACAGUAGAAAUAACUGACAUAAAUGACAAUUCUCCGACAUUUACAAAGGGUGAGAAUACAUUUGAAAUAAGUGAAUCCAUCACACUAGGAUCACGCUUCAUGUUACCCAGUGCUGAAGACACAGAUGUAGGCGGUAAUGGUCUACAAAAAUACAUACUAACUACGGAUGGUAUUUUUGGUUUAAAGCAGCACUCAAAUCCAGAUGGUCGAAAAUAUGCUGAGAUGAUCUUACAAAAACCGUUAGAUAGAGAAAGUGAGCCACGAUUAUCACUGAAGCUCAUCGCUGUUGACGGUGGAACUCCUGCUAGAUCUGGUACAGUAAAUAUAGAUAUUACAGUGCUUGAUGCUAAUGAUAAUCCUCCCAUUUUUAACCAGUCUCUGUACAGGGCUACUGUCUCGGAGAAUGCAUUAAAAGGCACCUAUAUCACUACAGUUAAUGCAAGUGAUGCAGACAGUGGAUCAAACGGUCUUGUCACAUAUCGAUUUUCAAACAUGAAAGAGCAGCUUGCUGACAUAUUUCAUUUAGACGACAUUACAGGAACCAUAACACUUGUAGGUCAAGUAGAUUAUGAAAAAGAUAAGAAAUAUGAAAUUAUGUUAAAAGCUAUGGACCAAGGAGGUCUGGCCGAUUCAAGUAAGGUGCAAAUAGAGAUUAUAGACGUCAACGACAAUGCGCCUGUCAUAAAUGUGAUGUCAUUCUCCAGCCCCGUGCCGGAGGACUCUGCCUCUGGCACCACAGUGGCAAUAAUUAAUGUGAUUGACGCAGACUCAGAGCAAAAUGGCAAAAUAGUUUGCUCAACAGACAGUAGCCUCCCAUUUAAAAUAAAAUCAACUUUAACUAAUUACUAUGCAUUACUAACAGACUCAGCUUUUGACAGAGAAGUAGUGCCGGAAUAUAACAUAACUGUCAGGGCCACCGAUUCGGGAUCACCGUCCUUGUCAAGCACAACAAUAUUACGUCUGAGAAUCUCCGAUGUUAAUGACAAUGCUCCAGUAUUUGAUAAAAGUAGCUACGUUGCUCACGUUACUGAAAACAAUUCCCCUGGGGUGUCAAUAUUUUCUGUCAAAGCACUGGACGUUGACUGGAAUCAAAACGCUAGAAUAUCGUACUUUCUCGAAGAAACUCAAAUCAAUGGUAGUCCAACAUCUUCUUACGUCUCCAUAAACACUGAAACUGGAGCUAUUCAUGCAGUGAGGUCGUUUGACUAUGAACAGAUUAAACAACUUCAGCUUGUAGUAAAGGCGCAGGAUGGAGGUUCCCCUCCACUCAGUAGUAACGUGACUGUGAAAUUAAUGAUCCAGGACCAGAACGACAACCCCCCUCAGGUCCUGUACCCAGUCCAGACUGGUGGCUCUCUGGUGGCUGAAAUGGUGCCUCGUUCAGCAGAUGUGGGCUAUCUGGUCACUAAAGUGGUGGCUGUUGAUGUGGACUCUGGACAGAAUGCCUGGCUCUCCUAUAAACUGCAGAAAGCCACAGACAGGGCGCUGUUUGAAGUGGGCUUACAGAAUGGAGAAAUAAGAACUAUCCGCCAAGUCACUGAUAAAGAUGCUGUGAAACAGAGACUGACUGUUAUAGUGGAGGACAACGGGCAGCCCUCUCGUUCAGCUACAGUCAUUGUUAACGUGGCGGUGGCGGACAGCUUCCCUGAAGUGCUGUCUGAGUUCACUGACUUUACACACGACAAGGAGUACAAUGACAACCUGACUUUUUACUUAGUGUUGGCUCUGGCUGUAGUCUCCUUCCUCUUCAUCACGUGUUUAGUGGUUAUUAUAUCAGUGAAGAUCUACAGGUGGAGACAGUCUCGCGUCCUGUAUCACUCCAGUCUCCCUGUGAUUCCAUAUUAUCCACCACGUUACUCAGACACUUUGGGGACAGGGACUCUCCAACACGUGUACAACUACGAGGUGUGCAGGACGACUGACUCCAGAAAGAGUGACUGUAAGUUCGGAGGAGCCGGUAGUCAGAACGUGCUGAUAAUGGACCCCAGUUCUACAGGGACGAUGCAGCGGAUACAGAGUGAGAAGAGCAUCCUGGAUGAACCAGACUCUCCUCUAGAGGUUAGUUAAAUAAUGUAGCUUCGUCUCUGUGCCUUAAUUUCUCUUGUCAGUGUGUAGUUGCAUUGAUAGUGAACUGUUGCAGCUAUUUCCGCAUUUUCAGAACCAUGGACAGCAUCCCAUUACCUACAUUCUCAAUCAGUGAUAGGCUGUGUAUUAUUUUACAAGCACCUUGUAGGUGCAUUGUGAGUUAAAGCGGACUGAUAUAUCCCUUAUAGGUUAGACUGCUUCAACCUUUUUCUAUACAGUUUUUAUAGUACACCCUUUAGAGUGAGCCUUGGUGACUGUAUUUGAAACAAAUAUCCAACUGGCUGUUUCGGUAUUUGGAUAUUUUUUGUUUGCUUUAGUGCAGAUUUAACAUAUAGUACAAGUAUUUACUGAAUGCUUAUUAUACACAUGGUUUCAUAUUGAACAUUAAUAUAUUUUUUUCCUUUA